CUGUACUUUCUCUAAUAUCGUUAGUUUCUCUUCGUCGGGGCUCCUUGUCUGUCGAAAAUCUAAAUCGUCCUGCUCGUUAACCGCACAAUGAAAAGGGAAGCAUUUUCAUAAUUGCUUCAUUUACGACAUCUUUUCUAGUAUUACUUUUCACUUUUUCUCUCUGUGUAGGGGAAAGGUUUGUUGCUGUUGCUCCGUUUGAAUCUCCUUGUUUGUUGACUCUGUGUCUUUGUUGCCCGAUUUCCCCCCUGAUCUGGAUUGGAUCAGGAUCUCUCUCUACAGGGAGAGAGGGGUGGGCUGGGGCUUUUUCAAUUGCGUCGCUUUUUGGAGGUUUCUUCGAUUCUUUAGGGGCUUAACGGAGACGCAAAAAGGAGGAGAAGAAGAAGAUACUCCGAGGCAUGGAGGGCAUCGACAUUUCAAGGUAUUCCCAUAGCCCUGUGCAUAAGGCUGUUGCCAUGAGAGAUUAUGCGGGCCUCAGGAAGAUACUGGCUGGUCUACCCCGGCUUUGUGACCCUGCUGAAAUUCGCACUGAAGCGGCUUCACUGGCUGAGGAGGAGAAAGCUGAUGCAAUCGCUGCAGUUAUUGAUAGGCGUGAUGUCCCUAAUCGCGAUACCCCUCUCCAGUUGUCUGUCAAACUUCGCGACGAGACUGCAACUGAAAUGCUUAUGGUUGCAGGUGCUGAUUGGAGCUUGCAAAAUGAGCAGGGAUGGAGUGCACUCCAAGAAGCAAUUUGCAAUAGAGAAGAAAGAAUUGCUAUGAUCAUAUCUAGACAUUACCAGCCUUUGGCUUGGGGAAAAUGGUGUAGAAGGUUGCCUCGCUUGGUGGCAACUAUGCGAAGGAUGAGGGACUUCUACAUGGAAAUCACAUUCCAUUUUGAGAGUUCUGUAAUACCUUUCAUUUCCAGGAUUGCCCCAUCAGAUACUUACAAACUAUGGAAGAGGGGAGCAAAUUUAAGGGCAGAUAUGACUUUGGCUGGUUUUGAUGGUUUUAAACUUCAGCGUUCAGAUCAAAGUGUCCUUUUCCUUGGUGAUGGGUCUGAGGAUGGAAAAGUCUCUCCUGGAUCACUUUGCAUGAUCUCGCACAAGGAUAAGGAAGUUAUGAAUGCUUUGGAGGGUGCUGCUUCUCAACCUUCUGAAAAAGUGGUUCGACAAGAAGUGGCUGAAAUGUCUCAGACUAAUUUAUUCAGACCUGGUAUUGAUGUGACUCAGGCAGUUCUUUUGCCACAGUUGAAUUGGAGGCGGCAGGAGAAAACAGAAAUGGUGGGGCCAUGGAAGGCUAAGGUAUAUGAUAUGCACAAUGUGGUUGUUAGCGUCAAAUCCAGGAGGGUCCCAGGAGCAAUGACAGAUAAUGAGUUCUUUUCUUCUUGCAAUGAAAAUGAAACAGGAAGUGAGGAGCUUGAUGACGUUUUGACAGAAGAGGAGAGAAGGCAACUUGAAGUUGCACUGAAAUUAGAUUCAUCAGAUGAAAAUGCUGAUAGAUCUAUAGCUCAUAACCAUAGUUACUGUGAGCAGCAAGAGAUUACCAUGGAAGAUGCGAAUGGAUUCCGAAAUGGGGAGAUUAAAAACGAGAAGAAAGGAUGGUUUGGUGGAUGGAGAAAAGGGGAUCUGAAAGUGGAAGAGAAAAAAAAAAGUGCCCCUCCAAGAAGUUCUGUCAGCACAGAUGAGGUUGGUGAUCUAGUAGGGGAAUCUCCUUCCAUUAGUCAGACCAAACCAGGACAACAUUCUGAUAUUGUUAUGAGCGAUGAGCGUCGAAUGGGGAGGGAUACUAAACUAUCCAUGCCCUCAAGUUCUACUAGUGGAAAUCGGCGCAAAGAAGGAAGCCGUGAGAACGAGUAUAAGAAAAAAUUGCGGCCUAUUCUAUGGCUUUCCCCACACUUUGCCCUACAAACUGAAGAACUCCUCCCUUUGCUUGAUAUACUUGCAAAUAAGGUUAAGGCAGUUCGUCGCUUAAGGGAGCUGCUCACUACAAAACUUCCGAUGGGAACUUUCCCUGUCAAGGUUGCUAUCCCAGUGGUUCCCACCAUCAGAGUACUUGUUACAUUUACAAAGUUCGAAGAAUUGCAGCCAGUGGAUGAGUUUACCACACCUCCUACAAGCCCUACUGCUGUGGGUCAUGAGAGCCCAGCAGUUACACAAUCCUCUAGUUCACCACGGUUUCAGUGGCUAAAGGCCACAUCCACCAGUGGUUCUAGCAGUGGGAUCGAAAAUAUUGAAGACCCAUUUGCAAUUCCUGCAGAUUAUACUUGGGUUUCAGCUGAGGCCAAGAAAAAGAAGAUGCAGGAGAAGAACAAGUCGAAGAAAGCAAAAAGUCAGAACAGAACCAAUGAAGUAAGAGCUGGUAGAAAACACAAGGUAUAAAUGUUCUAGAUUUGUAGAAGGAACUCGGCUGACUCCAAAUAGGGCUUAGCGUUUCGUUUAUUCAUGAACUUUUGAUUACUGUAUUGAUUCAUACUACAGUUGCCUGGCUCUGGGUGGAUAUCUUCAUAAUUUAGAUUACUCACUCGAGAUUCUAUUUAUGCGUUGAUGUUGUAGUGGCUGUUGAUGUAACUUAUGAGGUGGUUCCAUUUACACCUGAAAAUGUUAUUACUUUGUGCACCUUUCUUUGAUUUAUUUUUUGAUGGAGUAAUUGGAAAACGAAAUGCCAAAUUUAA